AUGUCGUCGCCCGCGCCCCUCCUUCGACCGCCGAUUCCUGGUGCACGCCCCGGGAGGAGAGGUCCACCACAACUCGGUCUCUCCAUACCACCCUCACCAAACGCACGACCCGUCACAAAUGGGACGAGUGAUGGCAUACCGACUUUGAAUGCACCACAACCGCGCCAGCCACCAAAGCUGAGUGUCGUGACCCCCAUGGGCAGCAACAAUGCACCACACGAAGGCAGGCCACACCCGAGGGGGCUACCGCCGCUGCAGAUAGGCGCGGGCUUGUCAGCAUCUGGCUCGAGCGAUGCGAGCGCACACUCUAGGUCAGGCAGCUUUGGUGAAGUCCAAGCAAACGGCUCGGCUUCAUCUUACCACGCAGCACUGGGCUUUCCUGGCCUACAGAAAGCUACCGACCCCAUCUCGGCCAUAUCACAACAGGGGAGCGAAGGCGCGCCUUCAAUGGAGAGAGCGAACAGCAGCCAGCCGCUACCCGACCUAGACGCAAUGGCGGUGGAGAAGGGACGUCCACUAGAAGUCGACGAUCUCGAUGACGCAGCAUGGAGGGCGGCGAGCGCGAGAGGCAUGAUAGAGGAGAAGGGCAGCUUGGGUGAGGGCGCCGGUGGUGCUGUCACAAAGUGUAUAUUAAAGGGCGGAAAGACUACGUUUGCGCUCAAAAUCAUCACUACAAACCCGGACCCCGAUGUCAAGAAGCAAAUCGUACGAGAGCUUUCCUUUAACAAGAACUGCGCGAGUGACCACAUUUGUCGCUACUAUGGUGCUUUCAUGGAUGACAGCACAGGGACUAUCAGCAUCGCCAUGGAGUUUUGCGAGGGCGGAUCUCUAGAUGCGGUAUACCGGGAGGUCAAGAAGCUUGGAGGCCGCACAGGCGAGAAGGUGCUUGGCAAGGUUGCCGAGGGCGUGCUCAAUGGGUUGACAUACCUCCACUCUCAUCGCAUUAUCCACCGAGACAUCAAGCCUAGCAACAUUCUGCUGUGCCGGAACGGCCAAGUCAAGCUAUGCGAUUUUGGUGUUUCGGGAGAAUUCGGUACCAAGGGAGACGCCAACACCUUCAUUGGAACCUCGUACUACAUGGCACCCGAGCGCAUCACUGGACAGAGUUACACCAUUACCAGCGAUGUGUGGAGCUUAGGUGUGACAUUACUUGAAGUCGCCCAACACCGAUUCCCCUUCCCGGCCGACGGAACGGAGAUGAACCCUCGCGCUGGACUGAUUGAUCUACUCACAUACAUUGUCCGACAGCCCAUUCCCAAGCUCAAGGAUGAGCCCGAGAACGGCAUCAAGUGGACUGAGAACUUUAAAUAUUUUAUCGAGUGCUGUCUUGAAAAGGACUGUCCGCGAAGAGCCACGCCCUGGCGGAUGCUCGAACAUCCCUGGAUGGUCGAGAUGAAAUCGAAGAAGGUCAACAUGGCGCACUUCCUGAAGCAAGUUUGGGAUUGGAAGGAUUAAACACACCUUUCUCCGACUUUGAAUUUCUAAGAGGCUUGCAAUGGCUCUGCUGCGACACCCGUGCUGCGUAGUGCUACGGAAGCUCCAGUUUGCCGGCAGCCUAUAUUGUAUCUUUAUCUCAUACACAAGGUCGUGUGCUGGGCAUAAGACCAAGAGUUGCUGAUAUGCUCUCCUUGCUGUCAAAAGGGGAAAUAUUCUUCAUGUUGGACCUGUUAUGCUGGGAAAGCACGGCGAACGGAGACCAGGUAGGAUGCUCCUGGGAGACUAAUUGUGGUAUGAGGGUUGGGGAAUCCCGAGUGUUAGCAUUGGCAUUCACGGCGUCUGAGGGUUCACGUUGCAUAUAGUGACAUUAUCGAAAACACGAUUUUAGAUAUGAA